CCGGAAGAAACCACUUCGCCUGAAUAAACAUGAACUCCAAGCUGGCUGUGGCUCUCUUGGCAACCUUCCUGCUCUCUCUGACUCUUUGUGAAGCUGCAGUUCUGACACGGAUUGGUACAGAGCUUCGAUGCCAGUGCAUAAAGACACACUCCACACCUUUCCAUCCCAAAUUUAUCAAAGAAUUGAGAGUGAUUGAGAGUGGACCUCACUGUGCAAAUUCAGAAAUCAUUGUAAAACUUGUUGAUGGAAGAGAACUCUGCCUGGACCCCAAGGAAAAGUGGGUGCAGAAGGUUGUGCAAAUAUUCUUGAAGAGGGCUGAGCAGCAAGAGUCAUAAAAAAAUGCAUUCUCCAUACUAUCCAAGAAUUCCUCAGUAAAGACGCCAAAACAUUCAAAAAAGUCUACUUCAAUGCUUUAAAUACUGCAUGGAUCUGUCGUAGGGCUGCCUGAUAAAAUGUAGGAUUCUCAGUUAAACCCGAAUUUCUAUAAAGCUGUGAGUUGCUUUUUCAUUAUCCCAUGCACUAUCCAGUAGAUGUUUAUACUGAAAAUUAUUUGACCCUAUAGCAAACAACAAAUAAAUUUUAAAGAUAAGAAUAUCUUAGAUAGUGCAUGGGACAAUGUACAAAGAACAAACCUGAGGUCAAGGGCCAGGGGAAUACCUGGCCUUCAAUGUCAGGAAUUGGUUUGUGAGAAGUGUGAUGUUUCAAUCAUCACAUGAAAAUGAUGGGACAAUCAAGUUUGCUGAAAUUCAUAGUUAGCUAAGAAUACUGGAAUUGUUAUUUGUUGCCACUGGCAACCCUGGUCUGUUGGUCAGGCCAUGAGUUCCAAGCCAACUGUCUUGAUUACUCCUUUAUCCCUAACCAAGAGAAAAUGUAUCAGCCAACAUCCUACCUCACAGGGAUGUUGUGAGGGCACAUGGAAGCACUUUACAUUUUUUUCAUGUUCAUGUAAAUUAUUUUCAAGUGUAACUUAUUCACUUAUUUAUUAUUUAUUUAUUUAAGCAUAAGCAUGAAAUAUAGUAAAAUGUUUGCCUUAUGGAAAAUGGGAAGCAUUGUUCAGAGGAUAUUAUAAUGAUAUUAGAGUGAAUUUAUAUUUAUUUUAGAUAUUAAAUGAUAUUAUAUUAGAGAACUUCUGAUCAGGGCUUCUAGCAAUAGCAAAAAAUGUGUUUCAGAUAACAACUACCUUUUAAAUCUUAAGUAAAUCAUUAUUUUUUUGAAAUUUUAAUUGAACUCAAAGUCUUAGUUUUUUACAUUCCUCAUCUUCUGUUGUCAUUGUGAGCUUUGGUAUGUAGUUCUGUGUUGAAGCACAGAAUCUUGAGUUAGAAUUCCCUGUCUCAAAACAGCAAAAAGUCACCAGGCAAUGUUAGCCAAGUAAUGUUUGUGGGAUAAAAUGCAUUUAUUAUGCACAGAUUCUUAUAAUUUUAGUUAAAUGAUUGUGGUUUUCAACACCAGGUUUUAUUUUUUUGUAAAUCGAAGAUGAUAUUUUGUGUAACUAAAAUUUUC